UUGUUGCUGCGGGUCAUCGACCGAGAAACGAUCACGAUAUUAUUUAGAAGCAACAUCGAGGCUCCCUGUGACGUCACCGGGCUCCGAUCUCGAUACGAACCGCAACUACAAUUAGGAUAUCUCCACAUAGACCUUGCAUCGCCACCCCGCCUUACUCUCUCUCGUAUGUUCGUCUGUGCCGCACACCACUUGCUCGCCGCUUGUGCGCCGCGUGCUUGCCGAGCGCUCCACGGUCGAGCCUCACAGUAA